AGAACGAGAUGAUUCAUCAUCAGGGGAUACAAUAAAUUCAUCAGCAAUGGAGGCAAGUACAACAGAUAAUGGACCCCUGGAAACUACGACAGAUUCAAAUGAACCUCGACCUCCUCCGCCGCUGACGAAUCCUACUCCGCGAGCACCUUCCGUACCUCCACCGAUGCCCCCAAAGCGAGAUUUAACACCACCAAGGACGUGCUACGAUUGUGGAUGCUUUCGGAAUAAAAUACUAGCGCCUCUGAACAGUAGUACACCGGGUGCUUCUGGUCCUGCUCCCCCCGCCAACACAACGUCCUCCACAAAUCGGACAGUUUCACAGCAAGAUAAGCUGGCUGCUGGAACACCCGGACCACACUCCUCUACACAUAAUAUUGAGUCAAGUGCCUUCGCAACUGCAGACAUUACCCUCGGAUUCUUGCUUUGUGGUCGACUGUCGUUUACGACACAGGUUAAUAAUAGGGUAAACGUAUGCGGCGGCACCGAAAUGUCGGCGGCCGAUAUGGCCAGAAAAAACAGUUUAAUAAAUCGUCAGCUAGAAAAAGAAAAGAUUGAUAGUAAAAAAAUGCUGAAAAUCCUACUCCUCGGUGGUCCAGAAUGCGGGAAAAGUACAAUAUUCAAACAAAUGAAAAUAAUUCAUAUGAACGGGUUUUCCGAUUUGGAUUACGUGAAUUUUCGAUAUUUAAUCUACAGUAAUAUCAUGCAAUCAAUGGAUCAAUUAUUAGAAGCCGCCGAAUUUUUUCAUUUUCCACCGGAUGAUAGUCCUUCGAUUAGAAGGGCACUUAAUCAUUAUAAAUCAUAUAAAGUUCGGUAUAGUACGUCGGAAGUCGAGUUGAAUCGAGAAUUGGCGGAUUCGUUGUCGAAAUUGUAUAAUGCAGAGUUUAUUAAAUCGGUUUUAAAUCGAAAGAAUGAACUCAAAUUGUUGGAUUCUGCGGUUUAUUUUCUGGAUGACAUUGAUCGAAUAUCAGCACACGAGUACAAGCCAACAGAGAUGGAUGUUCUAAGAGCACGAGUUCCGACGACGGGUAUUACGGAAAUUGAGUUCCCAUUUAAACAAGCAAGUUUAAGAAUGGUGGAUGUCGGUGGUCAACGAUCAGAACAGAGGAAGUGGAUCCACUGUUUCGACAAUGUGAAUGGAGUCUUAUUUAUAGCAGCAAUAAGUGGAUAUAAUUUAUAUGAUGAAGAUGAAGAAAAUAGAAAAGAUGAUGGAACACCAACAAAAACCAAUCGAUUGCGAUAUUCAAUGGAAUUAUUCAAAAGAAUCGCGAAUCAUCAGUGCUUUAGCAAGAAAACCGCGAUGAUUCUAUUUUUAAACAAAAUUGAUAUUUUCAAAGAAAAAAUCGGAAAGUAUCCACUAACAACGUGCUUUAAAAAUUACAAAGGUGUGAAUGCAUUCGAGCCGGCGUGUAAGUACGUGACAGACCGAUUCUCACGGCUUGUCAGCGGGGAUAUUCAACACGAGAAGCCUCUGUACACGCAUAUAACCAAUGCGACAGACACUCGGAAUAUUGAUCGGGUAUUCGAUAGUUGUAUGGAUGUGAUAUUUAAAAUUUCGAUGGAAAAAGUCGGAUUUAUGUGAGUGUUUGAAUAUGGUUUGUAUGGCCCCUUGUGAUUUCUAACUUUUUAUGUGACUUCAGAUAACACCUACAUAGUUAUAACUAACAAAUAUGAUCUCGUUUGUGCAUGGAAAAGAAAUACUACCAUUUUCGGUAUAAUUGAUAUUUGAACUGCCGCUAUGAUGACGUCAUUAUUUUUGUUAUGUUUUUUAUUCAAAUUUUAUUCCAACUAAUGAACUUUUUUUGCCCUAUAAAAUCUUAAUAAUA